UUGCUGUCAAAACCACGUCAAAACAGUGUACAAUGCGCACGUGAAGUGUGGUGGAAAACAUUUUAAAAUAAAGACCACGAGUUGUAUUUAUAACGAUGAAGAAUCCAAAAAAGAACGCUCCAAAACGUUAUUUUGAUGUCGAAGAAAAGAGUUCUGAGCAGAAGGAACAAGAUGUAGAAGUAUACAACAUAAAGAAUAAUAAAAGAACAGAUAAUAAGCGUAUACAGAAGAGGAAACCACAUAAAAACUUUAAGGGGAAAGCUCCUAUAGACCCGGAGAAAUUGGAAGCACAUUCGCGAGGCGAAGGUGUAGGUAAGGGUGUAAAACAUCCAUUACAUGCUGCAAAAUUAAGGAAAAAGGAGAGGAAGUACACUUAUGCUCAGGAACAAGCUGCCAGAGCUGAGAUAUUGUUGACUGAAGACCAUGGUGGUUUAGAAGUAGAUGAAGAUGUAAAAACAACAGCAAUAUCACAGAAGAUUAUAGCCGAGAAUGUAGACAUCUCUGCUGCUACAAAAAUAUUUGAAUUGAACCUAGACUUUGGACCAUACAGAGCAAAGUAUUCUAGAAAUGGACGGCAUCUACUACUCGGCAGUAAAAAAGGACAUUUGGCUGCUUUCGAUUGGGUCACAAAGAAACUGCAUUUUGAAAUUAAUGUUAUGGAAUCUAUUCAUGAUAUCAGUUGGAUGCACACCGAAACAAUGGUGGCUGCGGCUCAGAAAGAGUGGCUGUACAUGUAUGAUAACACGGGAACAGAGUUACAUUGCGUCAAGAAGAUGGAUAAGAUAUUGCGCAUGGAGUUUCUUCCCUAUCAUUUCUUACUGGCUGCUGUUAAUGAAUUUGGCUUCAUGACAUGGCUGGACAUUUCCAUUGGUGAAGUAGUAGGACACUACAACAAUCAUCUGGGAAGGACAUCAGUAAUUGCACAGAACCCGUACAAUGCUACAAUAUGUUUAGGAAACUCCAAAGGAGUUGUGUCACUCUGGUCUCCGACUAUUAAGGAACCACUGGCGAAGAUAUUGUGUCAUAAAACACCACUCACUGCUAUCGCUGUAGAUAAUAGAGGAAUGUACAUGGCAACCUCAGGAGUAGACAGAAGUAUGAAAAUCUGGGACAUAAGGAACUUGGAUGGGCCUGUGCAACACUACAGACUGAGAAGUGCUCCCGUAGACUUAGAAUUCUCGCAGAAGGAUAUGCUCGCUGUUGGAUUGGAUGAAGUCGUAGAAAUAUACAACAAUUGCUGCUCACAAACAACAGAUCGGCCAUACUUGAGACAUAGGAUGGCGAAGACGAUAACUAAUUUCAAAUACUGUCCAUAUGAAGAUGUGUUAGGAAUUGGAACUAGGAGUGGAUUCACAAGCAUUAUUGUACCAGGCAGUGGAGAGCCCAACUUCGACGCGUUGGAGAGCAAUCCCUUCCAGAAUAAGAAACAGAGGAAGGAGGCUGAAGUUAAAGCCUUGCUGGACAAGAUACCUGCAGAGCUUAUCACACUCAAUCCAUUUGAUAUUACUGAAGUGGAUGUGCCUUCUCUGCAGGAACAAAUGGAAGCUAAGAAAAAGCUUUUGUACCUCAAACCCAAGAAAAUGGACUUUACUCCUAGGCACAAGAAGAAGGGCAAGACUCAAAUAGCGAGAAAGAAGAUUAUAAAACAAGUAGCGAGAAAGGAGUUCAUAGAACAAGCAAAGGAAGCGCAGAAAGCACUCGACCUGCCACAGCCAGAAAGCGCGAAGAAACCUUCAUUCGGUGUCCUCGACAGAUUUGUGCCAACAGUUAAAACUAAGAAAUAAAACCAAUACUUUGUAUACAUAUAAUCUAACAA